UUUCGGAUUUCAAAUUUUCCCGGGGAGUACGAUCAUUUUCUUGCCGUGUACGAUAAUUUUACGCCCCUGUGUCGAUCAAACGAACUAAAGUCUCUGGGAUCGCUGUUCUUGUCCCUCAGCAAUCUACAUGGCGCGUCCCUCCUAUAGGGUCUCUAGGUGCGGGACGCCACAAAUGUAUUGAUAAAUUAGAUUAUUCGAAUAAUUAAAAAAUAGUUUAAAAUGUUGAAACAAUAAGGAAAGAGAAAAAAAUAUUAUUAUGGAUUUUUAAUAAAAAUACACAUUUAAAUCUCUAUCUUUUCUCCUUAAAUAUCCAUAUAAGGUGUAAAGUAAAAAUAUGUUUUCAGUAACUUUUCUUAGGUUUUAACAAUUCGAAUAAUUCUCGUCAGAGGGUAGUGUAUUCUAUUUGUGAAUUAACUGCAAGUGUUAUUGCAUCAUCUAUUAUCUGUCAAUUAAAUUGUGUUGCGUCGUGUUAAUGCAGCGUGCGAUUUACAAUAAAAAGUGUCUAUUCUACGAUAUAUAUCUUGCUGAAUUUAUUGGAUAUAAAAACAAUUUCUAAAUCUUAGAAAAAUAUCAAAAUUAUCCAAAGUAACCUACAUAUUUAAAAGUUCUAAAUGGCUCCCAAAAAUAAAGAAAACAAUUCUGAUAACAAGAAAAAAAAACAAGUUUCUGAAGAAGAAGAUGACGAAGAUUAUAGGAGGCGCCGUGAUAGAAACAAUCAGGCUGUAAAACGAUCAAGAGUUAAAAGUAAAUUACGCACGCAACAGACUCUAGAACGUGUAAAUCAGCUUAAAAGAGAAAAUGAGCUAUUAGAAGAGAAAAUAAAAAUGCUUACAAAAGAAUUGGGCUUCCUUAAGGAUCUUUUCCUUGCUCAUGCUGGUUCCAGUCAACAUUCAAUAAAUUUCCAAGAUGUAGAUCUAAAUGCUCUCUUGGCUGACGAUACAAAACCUCUAGAAUUGCCUAAAUCAACAGCUGAACUGUAAUUCAACAUUUGUUCCACGUAGAAGAAAUAACGUGGAUUUGAUAGAAAUUGAAGGAAAACUUACUUUAGCUCAUAUCAAGUCCAAAGUUGGAAAUCUUGGAAAGAUGCCAACUCGGAAUUAAUUCCAAAAAUUGUAAGAGCUAAAUAACUUCAUCUAGCUUGCGAGUCAAGCAGCAUGAUUGAGAAGAUUAGAUAAACGAUAUCAGAUAAAUAUUUUUUUAAACGUAAGAAGACAAGCAUGACAUGAGGAGAACCAGAAAGUUGUUGAGUCUAAAGACGACUCGCGCAGGUCCAAUUUAAUAUAAAACUGAAACGGUAGACAAAGUAUUUGCUCUAUGAUAUCACAGAGAAAAUGCAAUAAUAUAAUGACGAUGCUUAUAUUAAACAUAUACCUUCGAAAUUAUGUAAGAGGUUUGUUCAGAACUUUCUGAUUUGCGAGUAUAUCUUUGAAAUUUGUGUUCCUAUAGAAAACGAGUAUCAAUCAUUUAGGGACAACUUUUAUGAGUGUGUGCCAUCUCAAAAGCAUAAUUUUGUUGAUUUUGACUUCAUAAAUUUUAAGUGAACAAUUAAAUAAAUAUUGUAACACGAUAACAUCUCAAGAAAAAGCAUGAAUACACUUACUUUCUAAGUAAUUAACUUUUUAACACUUACAAGGGGACCUUACAUUAGAGCACCAACGGAUUUUAAUGAGAUUUGGUAUAUUAAUAGUAUACCUUUAAGGUAUUAUCAUGGUAAAAUAUUUUUGUCCAUUGGCCAGUCAAUUUUAAGAAAAAAGCAUUUAAAGUUUUGCUUUUUUUGUAUAUUCUCUUAUAUACUUUUAAAUUCCAUAAUUCAUCAAGUGGCGCGCUAGCGUAAGUAACAGCGUUCUCGCUUCUCGUGCCGGUUGUUUGUAUUCGAUCCUCCAUGCGAGAUGUUCUCUUUUUUAUAUAAAUUUUUUCUAUAUGCAAGUUUUGAAAUUUUUUUUCACAUUUCUUUAUUUGUAACCCUUUCGCUACGGCAGGUCUCGCCGCUAAUCUGAUUUAUGCUUAUAUUACAUUUGUUCAAAACAAAUUAAAAACAAACUAAAAAAAAUGAGCCAAAUGCCAUCGAUGUUCAAUAUGUUUAACAACAAAAAUAUCGCGAGGCUGAUGAUCAAACAGUAUCACGCUGUCGAAUUCUUUAGCCGAAUCUCGUACAAAUAUGUCAUCAGUCGAAUGUCGUCUAUAGUCUACUCGUACACACAGGUCGUCACGCGGAUGCCGUCUAUGCCGGUCGACGCUCGUAGCGAAAGGGUUCAUUAUAUAUACAAAAGAGAAUUAAAAUUAUUAGAAAAAAUAAAA